GAUAAAGUUCGCAGCAGAGAGGUGCAAUAAGAUUGGUGGCGUAAAUUCCCCGUUAAAUUCAACAAAAUUAUCAGUUUUCCCGACGAAACUGUAACAAAUUACACGCUGAAACAAUGGCUCUACGUGCACAGUUUGAAAACAACGACGAUAUAGGUGUGUUCAGCAAGCUGACAAACUCGUACUGUCUGGUCGCGAUCGGAGGCUCGGAAGCGUUCUACAGCGUAUUCGAGUCCGAGCUUGCGGAAACAAUCCCGGUGGUGCACGCCAGCAUUGCCGGCUGUCGCAUCAUUGGCCGGCUUACGGUGGCCAACAAGAACGGACUGAUCGUCCCGGGUAGCACAACAGACGUCGAGCUGCAGCAUCUGCGCAACUCGCUUCCAGAUUCCGUCAAAAUUCAGCGCGUCGAGGAGCGACUAUCGGCGCUGGGCAACGUAAUCGCCUGCAAUGACUACGUAGCUCUGGUGCAUCCCGAUAUCGACAGAGAAACCGAAGAGAUCAUUGGGGACGUUCUGGGGGUGGAAGUUUACCGACAAACCGUUGCCAACAAUGUCCUGGUGGGAGCUUACUCCGUACUCAGCAAUCAGGGUGGCCUCAUUCACCCUAAGGCACCCACCACAGAGCUGGACGAACUGGCGUCGCUGCUGCAGAUUCCUUUAGUUGCUGGUACGGUCAACCGUGGCUCGGAGGUGCUGGCCGCCGGUGUGGUCGUCAACGAUUGGUGCGCGUUCUGCGGGAUGAGCACCACCUCGACCGAGCUGUCCGUGGUGGAGAGUGUCUUCAAGCUGAACGAAGCCCAGCCGGCUGGUGUGACGAACAAUUUGCGGGCAUCGCUUAUUGAGGCGAUGUCGUAAGCACGUGGUGAAGUAUUGAGAAUGGACAAAAUAAGGUGGGUCAAAAUCUAUAUUCAUUUAAAUGUUACUGAAAGUGCGGGAACCGUCGACGAAAUGUCUGAAAAAACAACAGUGCUUGUAAAUCAACCAUCAAAUAUUAGACAUUUCGUAAAAUAUACGAAUUCCAUUAUUAUCAUAAUGUAAAAGUA